UUCGGGCACCGCCCCCUGCUUGGCCAGGAUCGUCUGAGCUCGGUUGCAGCCUCGAGACCUGACUCGCAACGCGGCCGGCGGCAACUGCCCCGCCGCUGCGCCACCCCUGCGGGCCGGGCCGAGCAGCCCCGAGCGGCGGAGCCAGCGGGUGGGGGGAGCCACCCCCGCAGGCUGAGAACUAUGCGGGGUCCGGGGGAGGGUGGCUGAGACCCGACCUAUCCCAUCAAAAAGGGCAGACUCUUGCCCGUUCUCCAUAUUACUAAAGUUUUUUGAAGAUGACACAUUUGCUCUGGAGGAAGUCAAUAGCACAUCUGUUUCCAUCACUGAGAGCCAGGCAGUGGAGAUGUGCCUCAGGUUCUUCUGCCAGUCGCCCGGUGCAAGAGGAGGUUAUGCAAGAUUCUGGUACCAGUCAACGGCGAAUGAACCCACUAAACAUCCAGAUGCUGUCCAAGGUUCUUCACAAGCAGAUUUUUCGGGGUGCUCAGGUGCAGUACUCAGAUGCUGACAUCAAGAGGAGUGUGGAACAUCUGCAGAAGCAUGACCUGUGGGGCAAAGAGACAGCCACGCUCCCUGAUGUAGAGCUGCAGCUGCCCCGCAUGUAUGGGAGCGAUCUUGAUGAGCACUUCCGAAUUCUGGCGCAGAAGCAGAGCCUUCCUUAUUUGGAAACUGCUAAUCAGCUGCUCCACUGUGAGGUGCCCCCCAUGCCCUCACAGUGGGCUUGGGAAGUUGGUUGGACACAGUAUGGACCCAAUGGUGAGAGGAAGGCUGUAGACUUCCCUGAAGAACGAGCCUUGGUGUUUGAUGUUGAAGUGUGCAUGGCAGAAGGCCGUUGCCCAACACUGGCAGUGGCUGUUUCUCCAAGUGCCUGGUACUCCUGGUGCAGUAAGCGGCUGCUAGAAGAACGCUAUACCUGGUCCAGCCAACUGACUCUGGCUGACUUUAUCCCACUAGAAACUGCUCUGAACUCAAGCUGUCUCACCAAACAGGACUGGACAGAGAGAUUGGUGGUGGGUCACAAUGUCGCCUUUGAUCGAGCACACAUUAAAGAGCAAUACUUGAUCCAAGGCUCCCGAAUGCGUUUCCUGGACACCAUGAGCAUGCACAUGGCCAUCUCAGGGCUGACGGGAUUUCAGCGUAGCCUCUGGAUGGCUGCUAAGCAUGGCAAGAGGAAGGGAUUGCAGCAGGUCAAACAGCACAUGAAGAAAACGCGCAGCAAAACUGAAGGGCCUGCAAUUGGCUCAUGGGACUGGGUGAACAUCAGCAGUAUUAACAACCUUGCAGAUGUGCAUGACCUGUACGUUGGGGGUGAGCCGCUGGAGAAAGAGGCCCGUGAGCUGUUUGUCAAGGGGAGCAUGAGUGACAUCAGACAGAACUUCCAGGAACUGAUGAAGUACUGUGCCCUUGAUGUCCAAGCCACUCAUGAAGUGUUCCAGAAGCAGCUGCCACUCUUCAUGGAGAGAUGCCCACAUCCUGUGACCUUUGCAGGGAUGCUGGAAAUGGGCGUUUCUUACCUGCCUGUCAAUCAGAACUGGGAGAGGUACUUGGAUGAGACUCAGGACACCUAUGAGGAGCUGCAGAAAGAGAUGAAGAAAUCCCUGAUGAACCUGGCCAAUGAUGCCUGUCAGCUGCUUUAUGAAGAGAGAUAUAAGGAUGACCCGUGGCUAUGGGACCUGGAGUGGGACCUACAGGAAUUUAAGCAGAAGAAGAAGAAAACAGUAAGGAAGAAAAAUGAAGAUGUAAACAGCGAGCCAGCCAAAGUGGUGGAAAAACCGUCUGCCCUAGAGUGGCAGGAAGAUCCUGGUCCCCCCAGUGAAGAGGAAGAGCUGAGAGUCCCUGAGAGAUGGGCCUUCCUGGAGCAUCUGAAGGAGACUAUCAGUUUGCUACCAAAGAGAACCCAGCACCUGCCAGGCCACCCGGGAUGGUACCGUAAACUCUGCCCACGCCUGAAUGAUCCAGAUUGGGUGCCAGGUCCCAGUCUCAUGAGCCUUCAGAUGAGAGUGACACCAAAGCUAAUGAGACUAACCUGGGAUGGUUUCCCACUGCAUUACUCUGAGAAGCAUGGCUGGGGCUAUUUGGUGCCAGGGAGGAAGGACAAUUUGCCAAAGGAUCUCUCAGAGACAGAAGAGCCAUCCUGCCCACACAGGGUUAUUGAGGAUCUGUAUAAGGAGCAUUGUAAGGAGAGAGGGAAUGAGCAGCCUGGCUCACUGAACACCUGCCUUGAAGAGGAGCUCAUGUUAACAGACAACAGCACUAUCUGGCAACAGGUGGAGGUGCUGAGCCAGUUGGAGAUGGAUACUGAUCUGGAAGCUGAAUCAGACAGAACAGCUAAAGGGCCCAGACAGGGAGAGACUGCUUACCUGGAACUGGAGUGUGCGGAGAGCCAGCCUAUAUAUCACCAUGGCAAUGGCCCUUACAAUGAUAUCAACAUCCCUGGCUGCUGGUUCUUCAGGCUGCCUCAUAAGGAUGGGAAUGACAACAAUGUUGGAAGCCCUUUUGCCAAGGAUUUUUUGCCCAGGAUGGAGGAUGGCACCCUACGGGCCGGCACUGGGGGCACUGAUGGGACAAGGGCCCUUGAAAUUAACAAAAUGAUCUCGUUCUGGAGGAACGCUCACAAGCGAAUCAGCUCCCAAAUGGUUGUGUGGCUGAAGAAAGGGGAGCUGCCUCGAUCAGUAACUAGACAUCCGGACUAUGACGAGGAGAGUAAUUAUGGAGCCAUCCUGCCGCAGGUGAUAACAGCAGGGACCAUCACUCGUCGGGCUGUGGAACCCACCUGGCUGACUGCCAGCAAUGCCCGGGCUGACCGGGUAGGCAGCGAGCUUAAAGCCAUGGUCCAGGUCCCUCCGGGCUACUACCUUGUUGGAGCAGAUGUGGAUUCCCAGGAGCUCUGGAUAGCUGCUGUCCUCGGGGAGGCUCAUUUUGCUGGCAUGCAUGGUGAGAGGUUCAGCUGGAGCAGCACCGCCCUGCGAUCAUGUGACAUGGACUGCAGCUGUACUGCAUUUGGCUGGAUGACUCUGCAGGGGAAGAAGAGCAACGCCACAGACCUGCACAGCAAGACGGCCUCUACAGUGGAGAUCAGCCGGGAGCAUGCCAAAGUCUUCAACUACGGGCGCAUCUAUGGGGCAGGCCAGCCCUUCGCAGAGCGCCUGCUUAUGCAGUUUAACCACCGGCUGACGCAGCAGCAGGCAGCUGAGAAGGCUCGGCAGAUGUAUGCAGUCACCAAGGGGAUCCGGCGGUAUCACCUUUCUGAGGAAGGGGAGUGGCUAGUGAGAGAGCUGGGCUUACCAGUGGAGAGGGCAGAGGACGGUUCUGUGUCUUGGCAGGACGUGCGAAGGAUACGGAGAGAAACCACGAAGAGGUCGCACAGGAAAAAGUGGGAUGUGGUAUGCCAGCGUGUGUGGGCUGGAGGGACUGAGUCAGAAAUGUUCAACAAGCUGGAAAGCAUUGCUAUGUCUGCCUCACCGAGAACCCCUGUGCUGGGCUGUUGCAUCAGCAGAGCCCUGGAGCCACCUGCGGUCAAGGGUGAGUUUGUAACCAGCAGAGUGAAUUGGGUGGUGCAGAGCUCAGCUGUAGAUUACUUGCACCUAAUGCUGGUGUCCAUGAAAUGGCUCUUUGAAGAAUUCAACAUUGAUGGGCGCUUUUGCAUCAGCAUUCAUGAUGAGGUGCGCUACCUGGUCCAGGGUGAAGAUCGCUACCGGGCAGCCCUAGCCCUGCAGAUCACCAAUCUCCUAACACGGUGCAUGUUUGCCUACAAGCUAGGCCUACAGGAUCUGCCUCAGUCAGUGGCUUUUUUCAGCGCUGUGGAUAUUGACCUGUGUUUAAGGAAGGAGGUGACCAUGGAUUGUGUAACUCCAUCAAAUCCAAAUGGUCUGGAGAGGAGAUAUGGCAUCCCACUAGGUGAAGCUCUGGAUAUAUAUCAGCUUAUUGAAAUAACCAAAGGCUCACUGGAGAAAAGAAAAUAGAGCUGGAGACAACCAGACUGUAAGACUCUCAAACAAUUAACUUAUUGGCAGGGAGUGCCAAUGCUUGUGGUCCUUGCAAGGACAGGGCUCCUGGUAGUAAACCAGCCCAGUUGACAAAUCCUUGUCUUGCUCUAAGAAGAAGGGACUUGGCUGAGGGAGAGAACUCCAUUGAAGCAGCACAUUCUAAUGGCAAAGGCAGCUCCCAGAACAGUGUCCAAACAGCCUACCCAAAGCUGAACUUUUAGCUAUAAAAUACAAGGUCUUGCACAGAUUGUGCAUCAUUGGGCCAGCAUAGCUCAGGCAGCCGAGGGAGAGUACUUGUUUUCCAUUGCCAGAACAAUUUCUUUAUAGGUACAGUUGUCCAGGGAAUUGCUGACAGUCUGCAACAGAAAAGCUGUGCUGGGUGAGUGUUACUCUGACAAGAAGGCAGGAGCUCUAUUUUUUUCGUCGUCUUUUCUUUUUGGGUUCCUGGCUCUCAGCUGGCUGUUCUGCUGCAACAGUCUGGGGGGGGAGGGGGAUAUCAAUAAAAGCAUGAGUUAUGCUACUGAAAAACAG